UUAUCAGGAACGCGUCGUUGGCAUGCCCGCGCUGUCUGCAUCGGACACGUCACGAGCUGCCGAGCGAAUCGCGUCCAGACCGCGCCUCCAUGGUCUUGGGGCGGGAAGCUCUCUGCACGGAGACCAUCCAUAGAGGCAGCAUUCAGCGUGCUGGUGGCGCGAUCACGGAUACAAAAAAUUGAGGUGCGUUGAAAUUGGAACUGGCCCCUCUUGAAACACUCUCACGUCUAUUGCCUGAGAGCAGGAAGUCGCUGUGGCGCGGUCGCAGGGAAAACAGAGGUGCAACUAAAUGGGAUCGGCUCCUCUUGAAAUCCCAGUGUCUACGAGCACGACGUCGUAUUGGUGCAGCGACGCGCACACCAUGCGAGCACACGAGCUGCGGAUGCAGAAAGCUCAACGCGUGAAACGCCGUGCAGAGCCACCAGGCUUCGCCCCGAGAAGCAGGAGGGGGAGCAAGAGGAGGAGACGAAGGAGCACGAGAAGGACAGGGCCUGAGGGACAAGGACGGGGAAAACGAGGCGGCGAUGGCAUGCGACACGAUGGCCCCGGUACGGCUCGCCCCUGGGGCGGCGGGCACCACGGGACAGCACCGCAACCCGUUUGGCACCCCCUCGGGGCACGGCCCUGUGCAGGCCUCGUGCAGGUCUUGAAGGAGCGAGGGCUCGGGGAAGCCCACACAGGCGGAGGGGAGGAGGAACGGGAGGAGGCAUGGGAGAAGGGAAGGAGGAACAGGAUGAGGAGAGGGACCCAGGACGGUCUCGCGCCGCUUGCCUGCGGCAGACGGCCCCUCUCCUGCUGGGACUCACCCCACGUGUCGCAGAGGUGGAGAAAGAGGAGGGCCAGAGAAGACGACGACGAGGCACAGGAGGAGGGACAGGAGGAGGGACGAGAGAACGAUCAGCUGGUGGAUGAGGCUCAGAGGGUGGAUCGCCCCGUCGGAGCGGUUCUGUUCUCCCAGGUGGCUCCGCUCGGAUCGCGAAGGCGACUGCAAGAACUCGACGGAGCGCUGCUCCCCAGCCUCGAGGCCAUAUGCAUAUGCCUCCAACCCGGACCUCCGUCGCCGUGCCUCUUCAGCCACCGGGCCGCCGGGCUCUCGACGCUCACGUCCCUCUCCGGGCUCGCGGGCCGCUCGCGCUGGCACUCCAGGGGCCCGAAGAAGUGGCCCCCAGCGAGAGCCGAAGUGGAGGAGAAACCCCGGGCCUCACAGAACCACGGCGUCGGAGGCCCAGGAGCGGGCCCAGCCAGCCCCGAGGCCCCGAACUCGAUCGAUUGAAACUCGGACCUGGCGGGGCCCGAAGGCCUUGAACGCUGGCCGCCUUGGGGCCCUCACCCCGCCUGGCGAGCGAAGACAGCGACGCCACUCACCCUCCUCGUCCUGUUUUG